GACAACAUGUAUAUAUCAAGGCAGUCUAGAGAUAAAUCUCUAUUGGAAUUAUUCUCCAUGGCGAACCGAAACAAAGUAUCCAGGGUUGCCAUUGCAUUACUCCUUGGACUCCUCAUAGCAAUCCCAACAGGGGUGAAAUCCAUUGGUGUGUGUUAUGGAAUGAAUGGAAACAAUCUGCCUCAACCAAGUGCUGUGGUCAAUCUCUACAAAUCCAAAAGUAUCAACGCAAUGAGGCUUUAUGGUCCAAACCAAGAUGCUCUCCAGGCCCUCAAGGGUUCCAACAUCCAACUCAUCUUAGAUGUCCCAAAAAAUGAUCUCCAAUCAUUGGCUUCUAACCCUUCUGCAGCCAACGAUUGGGUCCAGCAAAAUGUGAAGGCCUAUUCUCCUGAUGUUUCGUUUAAAUACAUCGCAGUUGGAAAUGAAGUGAUUACUGGGGAUUACGCCCAGUAUGUGCUCCCUGCCAUGAGAAACAUCUAUUCAGCUCUUUCCUCUGCCGGCCUACAAAAUCAAAUAAAAGUCUCAACUGCAGUCGCCACUUCAGUUCUUGAGAAAUCAUCUCCUCCCUCAGAUGGGGUAUUCUCUUCUGAUGCAUUGACAUACUUGAGUCCAAUAGUUCAAUUUUUGGCCAGCAAUGGAGCCCCACUCCUAGUAAAUGUAUACCCCUAUUUCAGUUACGUUGAUAACCAAGGCCAGAUCGACAUCAAUUUUGCUUUGUUCACUUCCUCGGAAAUUGUUGUACAUGACGGACAAUAUAAUUACCAGAAUCUCUUUGAUGCCAUAGUUGAUGCAGUUUAUGCAGCACUGGAGAAGGUGGGAGGGUCUACUGUGCCGAUAGUGGUGUCGGAGAGUGGUUGGCCAUCAGCUGAUGGUACCGCAGCAACCAUCAACAAUGCACAAACAUAUAAUCAGAAUUUGAUCAAUCAUGUUGGUCAAGGGACUCCAAGGAGGCCCGGAAAGGCAAUAGAAACUUACAUAUUUGAGAUGUUUAAUGAAAAUCAAAAACAACCACCAGUAGAACAAAACUUUGGACUGUUUUACCCCAGCAUGCAACCAGUCUAUCCAAUCAACUUUACUUGAAAUGCCAAAGACAAUAUAGAAAUAGAAACGUCUAGAAUAAAACAAUGGAAGCAAUGGAAUGUGGUUUUUCCAUGACGAUUAUUUGGGAGUAUUCAUGUUGUAAUAAAGUUCAUCUUACUUGGAAGGUUUCACGUGAAUAAAUUUUAUCCUCAUAUGAUUUUAUUUGAAAUCAUAUAAUGUAUUGAAA